AUGCAUUCUUAUUCACUUCUUACCACCUUCACGCUGGGCACAGUAGCUACUGCUUACCAGCUCCCCCAAAACCUAAAAUCCAUAUACGAUAACUACAAGGCUGGCUCAUGCUCCAACCGCCUUUCCGACAGGUUCCCCGAGGGUGCUAGAUACUGCGGUGAUGUCCCAGGGGCCAUCUUUCUCAAAGGGUCGAACGGAAACUACGACAAUAUGGACAUCGACUGCGAUGGCGCAAACAACCAUGCAGGUGCUUGCUCGAACGAUCCGUCCGGACAGGGCGAGACUGCAUUCAAGGACACUGUCAACCAAUACGGCAUCCCAGACUUGGAUGCAAAUGUUCAUCCCUACGUGGUGUUCGGCAACGAUGGAGCCUCGCCAUCCUUUGACCCUCAGCAGCAUGGCAUUAAGCCAUUGAGUGUCAUGGCCGUUGUUUGCAACGGUGAAGUGCACUACGGCAUCUGGGGAGAUACCAACGGAGGCACAUCCACCGGCGAAGCUUCGAUUUCCCUCGCCGAGCUUUGCUUUCCUAACGAGGGCCUCAAUGGAGACAUGGGACAUGGUGAGAAGGAUGUUCUAUAUAUUGCCUUCAAGGGCGAGGAGGCCGUUCCUGGAAAGAAUGGUGCUGAUUGGAAGGCUACGAGUCGUGCCGACUUCUCUAAGAGUAUCAGAGCUUUGGGAGACAAGCUUGUUGUCAAGCUGCAAGGCUAA